GGUGGUGACACCUCCUGUGCAGUUUUUGUUUUGGGGGAGCCUGCUGUUUCCUCUCUCAGCGACGUGGCUUUCUGUCCCAGGAGAGGCCUUCUGCUUCUCGGGGGCCGUGGGGAGCCCGGUAGCACUGAGCCUGUGUCUCUUCCCGGUGCCUGGUCACAGCCGUUUCCUCAGGACUGAUUACCUCAGGGGUGGGGUUAGACACCUUGUAGGCGAAAACCCUCUUCCAGGUGACUCACCCCCGUUCAGUCCACCCCACCUUGCCUGCUUGGAGACCAUCGAUUUCAGUGAGCAGAGCCCAGUAGCCAGAGACAGCCUCGUCCUGCCCCUGUCCUGUGCGGCCCAGAAUUUCCUGAGCCAGGUACUUGCGAGAAUGAACAAGACCUGUGAAAUGAAAUACAGAAUGAUGGACAGCCCUUUGGGGAAGAUCGAGAUCUCUGGCUGCGAGCAGGGUCUGCACGGGAUAAAGCUGCACGGCCGGAAGAUCCCAGACACUGACCCCGUGGAGGCCCCCGCUCCUCCUGAGCGGCUCGGAGGCCCAGAGGAAGUGACGGAGCCCCUGGCGCAGUGUGCGGCUUGGCUGGGUGCCUAUUUCCAUGAGCCCGCGGUCCUCGAGGAGCGCCCCGUGCCUGCUCUUCACCAUCCCAUUUUCCAGAAAGAUUCGUUCACCAGCCAGGUGCUGUGGAAGCUGCUGAAGGCUGUGAAAUUCGGAGAGACGGUUUCUUACCAGCAAUUAGCGGCCCUGGCGGGCAACCCCAAAGCAGCGCGGGCCGUGGGAGAGGCGAUGAGAAGCAAUCCUAUGCCCAUCCUUAUCCCGUGCCAUAGAGUGGUCUGCAGCAGCGGAGCCCUGGGCGGCUACUCUGGAGGCGUGGCUGUGAAAGAGUGGCUUCUGGCCCACGAAGGCGGCCCGGCGGGGAAACCGGCAUGUGGAGGGGGCUCCCGUCCAGCGAGAACCUGGCACGGGGCCCUGGGUGGCGCCACCAGCUCCCAGCCUGCUGGCCAGGAUUGAGUGUUUGUAGUAACAGCUCGCUGGGAGCACGGCGGGCGGCGGCACUGCCACAUUAAAGGGGCUGGAGCCGUAGGGGUGCCGCGUGUCUGCUCCUUCUUUUCUACAUUUUACGACAAAGUGAGUUCAGAGACUGGCCGCCGUGCGUCUAACUUGUUCCCUUCUCUCACACUGUCACUGUUCCAUUUCUAAUACUGUUAAGUCAGGGCUGAGACAGCGGGGGGCUGGCAAACAUGAGGGCGACUGCCCCGGAAGGAGGGGGCAUCCGGCGUCCACCCCCUGCGUGCUCCCCGCCUGCCCUCUCCUCUUGGCUGUUGAAGCUGCUGGGAUGAUGCUGCUGGAGAAGAGGGGACGGGCCCUGGAAACAGGUGCUUACUGAGAUUCUCCAGCCUUAUUCUUUCAACUGCCAGAAAGCGAAUGCAGGAUGCAUCCACUGGGGGUCAUGUCAGUGGAAAGAACAUAACCGCUUGCCAGAAAGAUUUGGGAAAACAAACAGCUCUUGGCGCAUGGGCGUGGUUGAAAUGGCACCCCUCUGAGGAAUGGAGUCUAUCCCAGCCUUUCUCUGGACAGAAGGUGACGAGGGAUGCUGACCUCUCCUUCCUGACACCUGACGUCGAGCCUGGAAGUCCGGGGUCACACACGAAGGCGGGUCAGCUCUUGUCACCGACGGCAGAGAGGAGCGUCUCCAGCACCUGCCGGGCACACGGUCUGAUACUUCAGUAUCGUGUUGUCGCUUUAGCGUUAUAAUUGACUUAUCCAAAAAGCGUAAGGGAAACUUGUAGCUCUGUUUGUGGCUAAAUAAUAUGAUGUAUGGAGAAAAUAAACCAUGCCCAAGCGUUCGGUAGGAUGCGGUGUCUUUGUCGAGGGUGCCUGCGACGGUGUAAACAGCAGGGAGGCCUGAGCACUUGUCACCGGAAACCUGCGUAAAGAUGCAGCCCUGCACGCGUGCAGUUUGGGUGUACUGCGUAUCUCAUGGCACCUUAAUAUCAACAAAAGAGCAGGCACCUAACACACACAAACUAGGCUUUUCUCGCCAGUUUACAAUUUAUUGCCUCCCUUUCUUAGGUCAGCCAAGUUAAUUCUGGAUUUUUUCCCUCAAAAAUAAAAUAUGACCAUUUCCGCAUUCUCUUCUGAUUGU